AUGGAUAUGGUUCAGUAUCGUCAUCACCAGCAUGAGCAGCAGCACCAGCAGCACCACCUGCAGACAUUCGACGGGCACCAGGGGCACCACCUCGCUGUGGGGUCGGCCGACUACGGAUGCGUCGGGCUGGGAAAUUCCGACGGAAAGCGCAUCGAAUCGCCGUCGCGGCACGGCGCGUACUGGCAGUGGCAACACUCGUCGGACGGUUCGUCGUCCGAGGGGUUCAAUCACGGGCAACGAGCUUUCCUCGACGAUUCCGCGGACCGCGGGUGCUGGGACGCGACUGCGAGCUGCGGUAGCCCGUCACCGGCAUCGACGAUCCAUCGACUACCUGCACCGCUGGACGACGAAUGCUCGUUCACCGGUCAUCUGCAGUUGCUGCAGCCACUGACAUCCCGGCACAGCGACCGAUGGAAUCGUUCCUAUUUCAGACAAUCAUCAAAUGACUAUAUAUCAACAAAGCCUAACAGCAAAGAGUCCAUAUCGCCUACAGUGGCAAGAAAGAGACGUUUAGCAGCUAAUGCGAGGGAACGUCGACGCAUGAAUGGCUUGAAUGAAGCAUUUGAUAGACUCCGUGAAGCUAUACCAACGUCCAUAGAAGACGAACACAAAUUAUCAAAAUAUGAAACAUUACAAAUGGCUCAAAGUUAUAUAUCAGCAUUAUGCAACUUACUGGAUCAAGCUCAUAAAUAA